GGGAGGGAGAAAGAGGGGGCGCGCGUGCGCAGUUUGAAUCGGCCUGCCCGGCGAGGCUCGAGCGGAAGCAAGGCCGCGGAAGGGCCGGAAGUGGGUGCUCGGGCGGGUGGGCUUGGAAGUCCGGCGCUCCCGACGGAAUGGCGUUCUCGAACUACAGUUGCCUCCAGCGGGCCCAGCUGACCUUCGACUACCUGCACACGAACUCAACCACCCACGAAUUCUUGUUUGGGGCCCUUGCAGAACUUGUAGAUAAUGCCAGAGAUGCUGACGCUACAAGAAUAGAUAUCUUCACUGAACGCAGAGAAGGCCUACGAGGCGGGUUCAUGCUGUGCUUUUUGGAUGAUGGUGCAGGAAUGGAUGAACACGAUGCUGCCAGUGUGAUUCAGUUUGGAAAGUCCGCCAAACGUUCGCCUGAAUCAACCCAGAUCGGACAAUAUGGGAAUGGCUUGAAAUCGGGCUCCAUGCGAAUCGGGAAGGAUUUCAUCCUCUUCACCAAGAAAGACCACAGCCUGACCUGCCUCUUCUUGUCUCGCACGUUUCACGAGGAAGAAGGCAUCGAUGAGGUCAUUGUUCCACUACCUUCUUGGCACGUCCGAACCAAGGAGCCCCUGACUGACAACAUGGAGAAAUUUGCCCUCGAGACUGAGCUGAUUUACAAGUAUUCCCCCUUCAAGUCGGAGGACGAAGUGAUGGAGCAGUUUAAUAAGAUUUCCGGAGAGAAUGGGACCUUAGUGAUUAUCUUCAACCUCAAACUGAUGGAUAAUGGCGAGCCGGAGCUGGAUGUGAGCUCUGACCCCCGUGAUAUUCAGAUGGCCGAAACCCCGCCAGAGGGAACGAAGCCGGAGCGCCGUUCCUUCCGAGCGUACGCCGCUGUGCUCUACAUCGAUCCCCGGAUGAGGAUUUUCAUCCACGGUCACAAAGUGCAAACCAAGCGUCUCUCCUGCUGCUUGUACAAGCCUAGGAUGUACAAAUACUCUUCCAAGCGGUUCAAGACCCGAGCAGAGCAGGAAGUGAAGAAAGCAGAGCAUAUGGCUCGGAUUGCGGAAGAAAAGGCCCGAGAAGCUGAGAGCAAGGCCCGGGCUUUUGAGCUGCGCCUGGGAGGAGACCUCAGCAAGGAGUCCAGGAUCAUGCUCCGCCAAAUCCAGGAUACGGCCACCACCUUGCGCCGAGAGGCCGAUGUGAAGAAGAGAAUCAGGGAAGCCAAACAGAGGGCCCUCAAGGAGCCCAAAGAGCUGAACUUCAUCUUCGGCGUCAACAUCGAGCAGCGGCACUUGGAUGGGAUGUUUAUUUAUAACUGCAGCCGGCUUAUUAAGAUGUAUGAGAAGGUGGGCCCUCAGCUGGAAGGUGGCAUGGCCUGUGGCGGCGUGGUGGGAGUGGUGGAUGUUCCCUACCUGGUGCUGGAGCCCACCCACAACAAGCAGGAUUUUGCCGACGCCAAGGAAUACCGGCACUUGCUGAGGGCCAUGGGAGAACACUUGGCCCAGUAUUGGAAGGAUGUGGAAAUUGCUCAGAAAGGGAUCAGCAAAUUCUGGGAUGACUUUGGGUAUCUGUCUGCAAACUGGAACCAGCCUCCCUCGAAUGAACUGCGCUACAAGCGGCGAAGAGCCAUGGAGAUCCCCACCACCAUUCAAUGCGAUCUGUGUUUAAAAUGGCGGACCCUCCCCUUCCAACUCAGCUCUGUGGAAAAGGAGUACCCGGACACCUGGGUCUGCGACAUGAACCCGGACCCCACCCAGGACAGGUGUGAUGCUCCUGAGCAGAAGCAGAAGGUCCCCCUGAGCAUCCUGCGGAAGAAAAAGACCCAGGAGGACAAGCAGAAGGAGCUCACCGAUAAAAUCCGGCAGCAGCAGGAGAGACUGGAAGCCCUCCAGAAAACCACUCCGAUCCGUUCUCAGGCAGACCUCAAGAAGCUGCCCCUGGAGGUCACCAUGCGCCCAGCCUUUGAGAAUUCGGAGCGGCCCCUGCGGCCCCGCUCUCCUCCGCUGCCAGAGGUCAUCAAGAAUGCCCCUAGCCGGCCCCCGGCCUUGCUCUCGCCGCCACCCCCCUCCAGGUCUGCCAACCAGAACAGGAAAAGCCCUCCGCUUCGCCCAGCCAUCAGCGCCACCAAGCCGCGGAGUCUGUUGCUGAAGGAGGAGGCCGGCCUUUCCAGGGCCCAGCACUCCGUGGAGGCUUCAGGGGGCUCCAUCCCCACCCUCGGAAGGCCUCCCUCCAGAUCCACGGCCGGCGGGAGGGCCCCCUCCGCCCCACCGGUGCUUCAGAGCCCCAAGAGGCAAGCACGGGCUUCCAGCCCCAAACUCCCGUCGCCAAAGAAGCCAGCCCUCGUCAAGCCGGCGCAGGUCCUUAGCUCCCGAAAGAGAAACAUCAGCACAGUGGAGGAGGAGGAGGAGGAGGAGGAAGAGCACACGUCCCGCAGGGAGAAAAGGAAACCGGGCCGACCUGUGGCCGUGAAGGAGGAGAAGAAGGACUCCAAUGAGGUGGUGGUGGAACUCACGGAUAGUUCAGGGGAAGAGGAACUGGCUGAAAUGAAAAAAGCACAGAAAGACAAAGGGCAGCAUGUGGAAGUGCGUGUCAAUAAAGAGUGGUAUACUGGCCGCAUUACAGCGGUUGAGGUGGGCAAGCAAGCCGUCCGCUGGAAGGUGAAAUUUGAUUAUGUCCCGACCGAUGUGACCCCAAGAGACCGCUGGGUGGAGAGGAGUAGCGAGGAUGUGCGGCUGAUGAAGCCUCCCUCUCCGGAAAACCAAAAGCCCAAUACGCGACAACAGCCACCGCCACAAACCUCCGAAGCGGUCGUGGCUGAACCCUCCACCUCGGAGUGUGUCCGGACCGAGCCCGACACCACCGGCUCCAGCAGCAACCAGGAAUCUGACAUUUUGGCUCAGACACUCCGGAACUGUUUGCGGUACUUCUUGCCCCCCAACUUCCCAAUCUCCAAGAAAGACCUGAGUUCCAUGAGUUCGGAAGAGUUGGCGACAUUUCCAUUGAAGGAGUAUUUCAAGCAGUACGAGGUGGGCCUGCAGAACCUGUGCAACUCCUAUCAGACCCGUGCAAAUGCCCAGGCCAAGGCCUGUGAAGAAAAGCUGCGUACUCAGGAGCAGAUUGUGGCAGAAACAAAAGAGAAGCUCCAGAAGCUGAGGACAAACAUUGUCGCACUCCUCCAAAAAGUUCAAGAGGACAUUGAUUUCAAUACGGACGAUGAACUGGAUGCGUACAUCGAGGACCUGAUCACCCGAGGCGAUUGAGCGGCCUUGAUCCCGGGGCGAGGGUGGCAUCAGGCAUCAGGCCAAAGCCCGGUUCGUCCAAAGGCUCCCACCUGCCUCAAGAAAGCAGCCUGGGCCUGGUGCGUGAAUGUUAGAGACUGUCUCCUGUAUUAGCGUACAUCGUUGUCCCACCUUCUUCGUAUUGCUUUUUUUAACCUAAUGGAACAAGCGAGCGUGUUGAGGAAAAAGUUUUUAAAUGUUUUGUUUAUAAAUAUUUUGUUUGUAAGAAAUAAAAGAGCAAAAAAAUGACCACCAAAAA